CCAGCAGUUUCAUAGUCCUUUGGACAAAAUUGAGCAAACCAUUUAAGCUAUUUUGUCACUCUUUACUUGUUUCUAAAGUUGUUUCUAUCUGCACAGAUAAGACCAAAAGAAAUUUGCUUGUGCUACAUAUAGAAUCGAACCGGCGUGCUCCUGGGGUCGGAGUCCAGUGCUCUAACCUCUCUACUCUUCCUUUCACACGACGCUAUUCUUUGACUUUCGCAACGUGAUACCUUGCUGUUUGAAACUAUGCAGGCCUCUCAACAGAUGUUUACAGUUUACAUCACGAGGUGCAUGUACCAUGUACUGCAGUCAGUCACUCCUAUACGAGUUUGUCGUUUGCUCGGCUAAUGCAAUGCUUUGACGAGAUGUGGGUCGGAAAGUCCCUUGCUUCAGCGAGGUGUGUUGAGUUUACCGAGGAGAAACAAGUCAGAUGGGGAAACAAAAUCUCACCCCAAAAUGACCUUUCAGUGGUGUCAGAGGUCUAUUUUUAUCUGAGCGUUGCUAGUUUGACUCCUUCAAUCUGCACCGAAAACCCGCCUUCCAUAAACAUUACUCUUAACACAGUGCACACAAUGCUGGUCCUCCCUCCCCAUCCUUUUCCCCGCUUAUUGCUUCUUUUCUAUACGUCUUCCUCUGCAGAAUCACGAUGUUGUCAGUUUUGUGUUACUUAGUUCCUCUUUGCUUUUUCCAUAUUUGUCUUUCAUUCAUCUUCUGUACUUUUGUUUAUUCCUCCGUCCAUCAUAUGCUGUCCAUGUUGUCCAUGUCUCGUUAUUGUUAUCGGCGCAAAGAGCGUGCUACUUACGAAAGUGAGCACAUCCUAAAAAAAAAAAAAAACUUUCAUUUAUUCUUAUUAGUUCAUUGGUGGAGGUUUAUCGUUAGGAAGCAUAUUUCUGGUCAAAAUAUACUAUUCAUUCCCAUACCUUACGGAAAAUCAUUUAAACGCCAUGCUCGAACUUUCUGUAGCUUGCAACCGACAGAAAGAGAAAUCACAGACAACCACAACCCCAUCUCUACUUGAUUUUGUAAGAAGCAUACGUAUCACUGCCCUGUAGUUUUGCUGAAAAGCUAGCACCAUGUUUGUUUUUAAUAAAGCAAAUAGAGUCUGUUUAACUGCACUUUGUUGUUAGGCAACCACGUCACUGAAAUAGUUUGCCAAGUAAAGUUGUGUGUCGACAUUUUUCACAAAGACGCUUGCUCGUGUUCGGAAGCAGGAAACGAGAAUCCACUGGCUCAAAAUCGGAAAUUAAUUUUAUUUUAAAAACUUCUAUUUGACCCCAGUAUUGUUGCCGAUGGGAUCUGAAGGUGAUGAUUUCUAAAAGUGUUUUAAAUUCUUCUGUGAUAGCCUCAGGAUGACGUGAAAGAAGAAAGAGUAUUAGCAGCUUAAUUUGUGUUCGACAUCAUUUCGAAAGAUAGGGUGUGGCUUGUCUUUAGAUCUUUUUCGAUUGUUUGUAAUGAAGAUUUACAUUAUUUUUAUUUACUUUGUUCCUCCCGUAAAACCCAUGCUCAUUUUUGUGUGUAAAAAGUAGACAAGGUUAUGAAACGUACAGCCAACCGCGGUUGAUUAAAUUUUGACAGCGCUUUUUGUACGGGUAGACACAUCUAAGGGUAGGUGGGGUGGAUGGGGUGCAGGCGUGAAAGACAGAAGUGUACGUACAUUGGCAGCAAGGGUCAAAAGUCAGCGAUAACGUCGACUGAAGCAGGAACAUCCUUUCUUAAGAUUACGCGAUUGACUCACGUGCUCCCCUCUUCCGCUCCUCAGGCCACACCCUCCCCUUUACCCUAUCACGAAAUAAAAAUUCCAGUGCUCGUGACUCGUUGACGUCUAUUAGGAAAACCUCCAGGUAAGCCUUAAUCUGUGUGUGACGUGCGGCGAGAAACGAGCGAUAAGACCGAUCGAGGUGUGUGGUUUACAGCUGACACAGCCCUUCUGCGCUCGGACCAGCUUACGUCAGAGGUCGAAGUUCACUGAAUGCAUGUUUUCCUGAAACAUCAGACUACAAGUUGGUCAAGAUUGAAACAUCGGACUACGAGUUGGUAAAGCUUGAAACAUCGGACUACGAGUUAGUAAAGCUUGAAACAUCGGACUACGAGUUGGUAAAGCUUGAAUACGGUUAGCAACGCCUUCCCAUGUCCAGGAACAUCUGUAAGGCUAAUACGUUUGUGUGUGCCUGGUGGAAUUAGUUUGGUCAACAUUCAUCUUUGAUGUUUGGCGACGAAUGUUGAAGAGAAAAGAAGUGAUGCCCUGGGAUCGUUGAACUCGUCUGCUGUUUUCAGGAAGAAUGGCAAGUUACACGAGUCGGAAUGGUUUCGAGAACGCACAUUUGUACCUGACCAGGUUGCUACAGGAUACACAACCGCCUUCCAGAUGGCAGCAUCAUCUAAGGACACUUCUGUCGAUCUACAUCCAACACAACGAUGCUAAACAGGCAUUGUUGUUCCUGAUGAACACCAUGAACACGGCCAUGCUGGCUGUCCAAGAUCAUUCAACUUGUCCAGGCUACCCUUCUCUCUUCAUUAAUAUGCGGUCGAAACCGUCCAUAUUCCCGAUUGACGCAUGGAAACACAUUUUGCUGUCUUUGCAUUUUGACCUUACAGAACCUGAGGGCAAUCGUGAUCUUGACCUCAUCGAGGUCAACGUCACCGCAAAUGUGACCUUGCCUCUGUUGCAAGGGUUCACACUCAUUCUUCAGAGUCUACUAGGGCUUGACUGGGGUAUGUUACGUAUGCUGCUAGCAAUUGAUGCAGACGAUGGUCUUCGCCUACUGUCAUCGCUCCAAGACGUUGUGGUGCAGAGCAGUCAUAUAGAAGACAUAGAGAUACUUCUACAGCUGUAUGCCCGCUAUCCAGAUGAGUUAUCAGCGCUGGGAUUUUCCUACCGCAGUAAAGUCCGUCCCCAAAUGACUUGGCAGAGACCAGAAAACGAUGAUGUAUCUCAUAUGAUUGAGGUGGCUUUGUUGGGACUAUUUCAUGAUGGCAGCGGCCUGGAGGUAUUCAUUUGAUAGCAUUCAGGGGUUGGAGAUUGUUAACGCCUUUUCCUGGAUGUACCAGGCAACCCUAAGGAGUAGUUAACCGUGACGCUGUCAUCACACACAAUUCCCGCUUUGGCAAAAGCUGGAAAAAGAUAACCAACACUGCCAGACUGAAUGGAUCUUUUUCUCAUCAACAAAUUCAGACUACAUCUAUGGCGCAAAAUGUAUAUUUUUUGCCAUAAAUUUGUGUAGAUGUCCAGUAGAUGGCUGUUUGCAAGGUCUGCAACAUCCGUUGAUCGGCGAGUACAACCUUCCUCCAAUAGCAUAGUGAUGGUCAUAUUGGAACGUGAUUGGAAAUGCAAAGUCGACUUACACCGGACCAACAUUGGUGUAAAGUUGGUCUAUCUAUACAGGAUUUAAUAUUGGUGAAAUACUGGUGAUAUGUUGGCCCACUGUAUGCCUCCCAUCUUGGUAGUCAUAUCCAACUUUUACUAGCCAUUCUUUACCAAUAUAAACAAGAGUUAUUUUGGACUGAUGUUAGUGAGAAUGCAGGAUUCAAUAUAUUGGUGAAAUAAUUGUCCAAUUUAAGCCCUGUCUUGGUUUGAUCUGUGGAGAUUGAUGGCAGUGGCGUAUUUUAUCCAAAGGAACCGCUUGAGCAUUUUUUGACACAUGGCUAUGUUAUCAAGCCUUGACCAAUGCAGUGUUUACAUCUACAAAGCAAAAUGUCAGUAGUUGUCUGGCUGGCUAAACAUUUUACCUGCCAGCUGUCACUGACCUCGCUAUUUAGAACCGAUAUUUUACCACACUGGCAGCCAUUUGGAUGACCUUCCAUACUGGUUCUGUGUACCCAAGAUGGCCUACACCUAGAGGCAUUGGACCAAUGUUGGCCCAAGAUACUGUAUUGGGUCCCUAUCAACCCCUGCAAUUGGCUAGACAAACCCCCCACAAGGAGAUGUGUACAGAUAAACCACAGGCAUGUGAUUUAAUGGUAGGUUUCUCGAGAUAAGUGGCAUACAUACAAUUUUGAAACCUUCCUAUUUUUGAAGGUAUGGACGUCCUGACAAGUUGGAGACAGCCUGAUCUAGUACUGUGCCAGUGGUUGUUUAUCCCUGCAGCCUUAUCUCACCCUUUAAGUUAAACAAAAAAGACUGAGUGAGUCUGAGAGAGAAGUAUGAAACAAAUUUAUAUCACCUGUAAUAAUUGUUUCUGAGUUGGUGCCAUACAUUUAUUUGUAAAAGAAUCUCAAAGUGAUUUUUCUGGAUGGACUGAGGAUGGUAAUAUUCCCAUCGCAUAUGGCGAAAUGAAAUGGAGGACAAUGAACUUAAUUUAAUCAAGUGAGGAUGAAGUAGUAACAUUUGAAGUUAGCUGGGCAAUUUGAAGAUGAACCUGUUUAGUUUUAACAAAUCCAACAUCCAUGUCCUUACAACACGUCUGAAGGUUAAAGUGCCCUGGUGAAGGACAAAUACAGUAGUAUUCUACAAAAAUGAAGUUUAUUUUCUUAAAUGACUAAGGAGGGGAAAAAAAAGAAAGGUACUCCAAAAUACAAGGUAAAGAUUCUCUCUAUAUAGCUAAAUGUGACUCCCUCCAAUUUGAUGGAAGUUAUACACAAACACACAUGGAAAAUCUUACUGCAUUUAUUAAACAAGUUGUAUAGUACAUGAACAUUGCAAAAAGCAACUGUAGCAGUUUGUGUCUUAUUCGCAUCGAAUAGGCAGACAGAAAAAAAUUCAUACAUCUGUUGUGGUGAUUAACAGGACACAUGACGAGGCUAAAAUCAGGCAUUACAGACUUUCACAGUGAGACCUGCAUACCACACUAUGUAAGAAUGAAUUCUUACUUCAUGGGAAAGAGAAGAGGAAAAAAUCAAAACAAAGGAAAAAA